AGCAACACAGAGCUAGCAUUGACAGCGUGUGAAAGAGAAAGAGGCAGAGUGAGUCAGUGAGCGUGCUACUGUUUCUGAAGCCGGCACAGAUUCUAUACUGCUUCACGUUUGGACCCGGGGACCCAAAAUGAACCACACCACAGCAGAACAGGUACCAGAACCCACUGAGCCUCUCAAAUACCUGAGUAAGGAGGAGGCGGUUGUCAUUGAAAAAGAGCUGCUGAAGGAAUAUCGAUUCGGACAUCAGCAGCUCAUCGAGAUCUGGGGUCACGCCUGCGCACUCGCCAUCACUAAGGCUUUUCCUCUGAGUGCCUUCUCUAAGAAGCAGCCCACAGUGCUGGUAAUUUGUGGCCCGGAGCAGAAUGGGUCGGUGGGUCUGGUGUGUGCCAGGCACCUGCGGAUCUUUGAGUACGAGCCCACUAUCUUCUACCCCAAGAGGACACAGAACACAAUGUACCAGGACUUCACCACCCAGUGUGAGAAGAUGGACAUCCCCUUCCUCUCCUACCUGCCCACCGAGGUGCAGUUGAUAAACGACGCCUACAACAUUGUCAUUGAUGCCAUCCUGGGCACAGAGUCGGACCACGGAGAGGAGCAGGAGCCCUUCACCAGCAUCCUGACCACGCUGAAGCAAGUGAAGAUCCCCAUCGCCAGCGUGGACGUGCCCUCAGGGUGGGAUGCGGACAAGGCGAAUGCAGACGGGAUCACCCCUGAGGUCCUCAUCUCCUUGAACGCCCCCAAGAAAUGUGCAAAGGGCUUCUCCGGAAAACACUUCCUCGCUGGACGAUUUCUACCGUACGACAUCCAGAAGAAGUUCGACCUGAACCUGCCGGAGUUCCCCGGGACCGACAGCCUGGUGGAGCUGUAACCCAAACACACAGACAGCCGUGUAUAUAGAUCUAUUUAACUAUGGAUGGGUUGAAAAAACAGUAGCUUUUAAACAGAUAUAUGCAUUUUGUAUUUUACUGUACAGAGGCUGUGCUGUACAGGGUUCUUUAAAAAGACAGGGACAGCAGUGGGUUCAGCCCCCCUCCUGAGUUUUUAAAAACCCUGUACAGCCUGUAAGCAAAGUUCGCCUCGCGCUGGAAAAAAAAAUAACACUGCUGUGGUGUAAUUAGCCAUAAUAAUUAUGCAGAAUGGAGCAUCUUUUGAAUAUUUUUAGGUCUAAGUUUAUGCAGUUUUGAUUGGCUAAUCACUUAGGCAAUACAGUACAGCAAUUUACAAAGCAAGUGAGGAGACACAGUGGGGUCUAAUGAUCUAAACUGAGGCAGCGGUGGUCAAAAAAGAUGUGACUGUCGAUUUUAGCUUUAGGUUGGUGAUAGAUAUAUAGAUAUAGAUAGAUAUAUACGCACUACUGCUGGCGUUAGCCAUCAGAAAAUACAGAAUCCAUGCCAUUUACCAACAGCGAUCUGCAUGUUGACCUAUAGAGGUAACUCAUACAUUCUCCAAAAUGCAAAACCUUAAAAUGUUUACAGGAAUGUCAUUUCUAGCUCUACGCAAAACGCACAGCUGCAUUAAAACACAACCUUCAUACUGCUUAUUCACCUAAAAAUAGGAAUUCUUCUGUUCCUUCAUGGAGUCACGCUUGCUAAAUGUAAGCAGCACCAUGCAUUAUUAAAUACCCCAUGCCCACCUUAGAAAAGACCAGCUCCAUUACCCAGCAGGGGGUGCUGUGGGUCUCAGUGCUAUCAUAAACAGCGUCUGUGUGCAUGAAAACAUAUUAAUGCAUUUUUGUACUCUCAUCUCAUCCUAAUGGCUUAAAAACACACACAAGGCAACUCUCAGGCAAACGCAUGGCAGUUUCAAGAAGCUUUCAGCAGGUCGCUCUGCACGGAGGGAAACUGUUUGAAAAUGUUGUAACAACUAGUUGCUAGGAAGCUUGCCAUUGCUGGGUGUUGCCUCUAAAAGCACCCUUCGUUUCUAAGCAGCUGCCUCAUAGCUGCGUAACACUUUCUAAACCUAAGCAAAGGGCUGAGCUGUAUUGUGGGGAUUCCUUUUCAAGACUGCAUGGAAAAUGAGUGCAUUACUCACCACUGGACAAGGGGCAAAACCAAGGAAGAGUCUGUGACUAUGACCUGCUUCAUCACCACAUGCCAGAGAAUAAUAUUGUUUUAAUUGUUUAAUUGUUAGUAUUUAUUUUUAAAAAGCACAGGAUAAUCACACACUACUGACUGGCAUAUUUCAUGUAUUUGUAUAUGAUUAAUAUAUCUAUCUAUCUAACUAUAUAUAUAUAUAUAUAUAUAUAUAUAUAUAUAUAUAUAUAAGAUAUAACUGUUAAUGCUUUCAGUGUAGUGCUGCAAUGUCUUUGCUUAUGAACAGAAAAGCAAAGGGUCUGCUCAGUGUCUCCCCCUUGUGGACGCUGUGUGCAUUACCCUGCUUUCCAUUCUGUGCUGAGCAAGGUGCAUUCAAGACAUGAGGUUUACAAGCAGGAAGGGGUACAUUUGAAAAGCAAUGGUAGCAGUCAUUGCACAUGUAAGCGUGUUGCACAUGCAGGUAGUAGUUCAGUUACCAGGCGUGUUUCCCUCUGAAGGAAGCCGGCAGGUUGUAGCUUCGGUCACGUGUUUGGGAGCCUCUUCUAGUCUGAAAGCAGACAAUCCGUGCUGUGCCUCAGCCAGCAGUAGUGUGCAGCCUGUCCUCUUCUUCCUAUCUGUACUGAAAGUGUUUUGAAAUAGUGAACGUGUGGGAAUAAAAAGUUCUAUUCUGUGA